GGGAUCGCUGGAUACUUCCAGCCCAGCUUAAACUCAAGCCGCAUUCUGUGCGAAACUACGCAAUCUCAAUAGAACAUCCCCCAAAACAAACGAGCACCACACGAGCGACACACACGCCGACAAGAUGCUGAGCCUGCGCACUGACAACAAGGGCGGCCGCGCCGCCGCCGCCACCGCUACUGCUGCUUCCGGUCGCGCCGCACGGCCCCUGCUACUGCCCGUGGCGGCGCAGCUUCCCUACAGCCGCGGCAGUAGCAGCCGCAGCCGCCUCGCGCCGCUGCGGCCGUCGGUCGCCGGCAGCAGCAGCAGUAGCAGCUGCAGCGGCCGCGGGGCGCCUGCUGCUGCUGCCGCCGCGGUGCGGCCGGGUCGGGUCAGCAGGGCGACCGCCACGUCGGUGCGGGCGUUCCGUGACGCGCACCGCGCCCAGGUGCUACUGGACACCGCCACCGAGUUCUGUGGCGCCUGGAUGGCGGGGCGCAUGGAGGGCCCCACGGAGCGUGUGCUGCACGGCCUGGGUCCGCUGGUGUCGGACGACGUGGAGGUGGAGGUGCACGGCCUGAUGAGCCACUGCCGCGACAAGGUGGGCGGGGCCUGCCCCGGUCUGGCCCGGCUGCUGUCGCCCGAGCUGCGGCCCGCGGGUCUGUCUCUGCGGCACUGGCACUGCCGCGUGUGUGCCGCCGAUGAGGGCGGUGACGUGGUGUUCUGCCUGCUGGAGCUCAGGGCGGAGGACGAGGGCGGCAGGAGCCGCUCCUGCUACCAGGUCCUAAAGCUGGACAUGCUGCUUGACGACACCUCGCGCCGAGUCCAACGGGUGGGGGGAGAGACGGUGCUGGAGCGGGGCCAGUGGGACGUGGCGGGUGACGGCACCACGCCGCUACUGCUGUCGUACGCCUCCGCACACGAGGGCGAGUACGCGGGGGCUCAGCCCGACUUCGGAGCCCCCACCUCCCACACCGACAGCAGCAGCAGCAGCAGCAGUGAUGCGGUGGAGGGCGAGGCGGCGGAGGGCGGCGGCGGCAAGGGCAAGGGCAAGGGGGAGGGCGCACAGCGGCACAGGCGGCACCGCAGCGCCGUGUGGGGCGGCCAGGUGGUGGGUUCGGACUUCCCAGUGGAGCGCAUCCAGCCGCAGAACCAGGCGGCACAGUUCAUGAGGGGUGUGGACCCCGCCGCGCUCAAGGAGGUCAGCCGCGCCUGGUGCGCCGCCCGCUGCUCCAACCCACCCGCCUCCUCCUCCACCCAGCCACACACCUCCACCCCCACCUCCGCCACCUCUCCCCACCGCGCGGUGCUGGACGCGCUGCUGGCUCCCGACUUCCGGCUGUGGGACGCCUACGGGCUGCUGCCGCUGGUGUGCCGCGUGGGAGACAGGCCGCUGGGGCCGCAGACAGCCAGCGGCGCGGUGGGGGUGGCGGCGCAGCCGGCGCCCCAGCAGCAGCAGCAGCAGGGUGAGCGAGAGGGGAGCGGCGGCGGCGGCACGGGUUUUGCCAUGGCCUUGAUGAUGGGCGGCGGCGGCUGCGUGGCGCCGCGGGAGGCCGUGUACGACAUCAUCGAGAACGCCAAGGCCGAGUACGACGUGAACCUGACGCCGCUGGACCUGGCCGCCAGCUACACACACAACGUGGUGUUCAACCACUGGACGUGCGUCAUGACGCCCAAGGCGGUGGCGGCGGAGGGUGUGGGCCACCAGUCGGACGGCGAGGGCCGGCCACUGCCCCUGGAGCAGGAGUGCAUCGAGGUGGACAUCUUCGACGGCGAGGGGCGGUUGAGUGACGUGUGGAUGUUCCGUGACGCGUUCGAGUUCGAGAAGCACCUCAUCCGUGCUCGCACGCAGCAGCUGCAGCAGGACAUGCACGCCGCCAAGCAGCAGUAGUGCGUGUGGCCGAGCGGUAGCUAGCAACAGCCGCGGCGCGCGGCAGGGGCAGCGGCAACGAGGCGGCAGCGACAGCGGCAACGAGGCGGCUGUCUUGAAACCUACCACGGAUGACGAGAUCUUGAGAAGACGGUGAAGGCGAGGGUGUGACGGAUCAGGGCAGCAGUAGCUGGGCAGCUGCGAGAGACGGCAGUAGGGCCUGCUGCGCACGAACACGUGUUUUGAAGAGCACAAGGAAAGGCACGUGUUUGCUGGAUGAAGAGCAUAAGCAAAAUUUAACGCAAAGAUGUGUGCAUGCAUGUGUGUAUGUGUAUGUGGGUGUGUAUGUGUUUGUGCGCGUGUGCGCCGGAGGUUCCGUGGGAGAGGAGGAGCGGAUUGCAUUGUGGCAUAUGUUACGGCAGUUGAAGGUGCUGUUGUUGUGAGGAGGAGGCGUGUGGCAGUGGUGGUGACGAUGGCGGUGGCGGUGUCUGCCUGUCGUACUGUGUGCACACAGGCAGCCGCCGCCGCUUUGGUUGUUGGAUGAUCCUGGAGUCUCGUACACCGAGAGCU